GGGACAGACGAGCAAGUGCUGCACGGCGAAAGGAGGGAGGUCGUGAGAUCGCGCGUGCACGUACGCACGCUCGCUAGAGUAUAGAAGCGAGGGAGAGAUAGUGAUAGAGAAAAAGAGAAAGAGUGAUAGAAAGAAAGAGAGAGGGAAAAAAAACGAACUUAAAAAGUAAAGUGACUCCCGGGUUCGCAGCGGACGGCGCGCGCGCACACUGACUGGCUCAGGGCAUGCCUUCACCUGCCAGGCAUUCACCUGCCUGUUUAAAGCGAGGACACGCUCUCUUGGACACGGAAACGCGCAGGUGGACGCGAGGAUGGUGUGACUGGGUGUGAACGAGACGGUUCUGUUGUCUCCUCGUGUCCGGCAGGAUUACGAGGACUCCGAGGUCUUUUGGCACCAGCACCGGACAGAACAGCCAAGGAGUGCACCGCAUCGGGAACGCGCGCGCACCAAGGCCGCGGUCACUCCGCACUCACUGACACUAAAAGAAGCCAUACCCACGCACGCGGACGCGCACGAGCUCAUGAGCGCGGCCUUCGGCCCGUCGUCCUUCGUCAUGAUGCAGCGUCCCGCCGCCUUCAGCAUAGACUCUCUGAUCGGCGCACCGCCGGCCCCGAGCCCCGGUCCGCUGCUGUACGCCGGCUACCCCAUGUUCGUGCCCUACCGCUCGGUGGUGCUUCCGCCACCGCCGCCACCCCCGCCUCCUCCACCCGUAGCCCCUCCGCCACCCAUGCCCUCCACCGCGCAUCCACCGCACCAGCUGCCCGGGCUCCCCGGCUCCUUCUGCUCAGGCCUCGCGCUCAUGGCCACCCUACCGGGAGGCUUCCCCGCCGCCCCUCAGCACCACGACGCCGCCAGGAAGUUCGGGGGAGGUCAGCAGGCGCUGCACGCGGUCUUCGACAAGGCGCAGGAGGCGCGCGCCGACGGGGACGAUCCAUCCGGGAAGGGGUUCUUGGGGAAGGAGGCCACGACGCUGCUGCCGCUCGCCUUUCACGACGAGGCCGGACACUGCGCUACAGUACGAGGUCACACCAAGGACGACUCCAAAGACGACGAUUGUCACCGAAAGGACGACGGUUUCUCCAUGGACAGUGACCUAGACUACAGCUCGGACGAGGCCGGCGGCGGAGGCUGCGGACUGGGCCACAAGGACGACGGGGAUGCGGGCGGGCCGCUCGAGGACGGCGGGCGGGGAGGCGUGGGGGGCGGCGGCGGCGGCUCGGCGGGAGCGGGAAAGAACCGGCGGCGGCGGACGGCAUUCACGAGCGAGCAGCUGCUCGAGCUGGAAAAGGAGUUCCACUGCAAGAAGUACCUGUCGCUGACGGAGCGCUCUCAGAUUGCGCACGCGCUCAAGCUUAGCGAGGUGCAGGUGAAGAUCUGGUUCCAGAACCGGCGCGCCAAGUGGAAGCGCGUGAAGGCGGGCAACGUGAACACGAAGGCGGGCGAGCCCUCGCGCAACCCUAAGAUUGUCGUGCCGAUUCCCGUGCAUGUGAGCCGAUUUGCCAUCCGCAGUCAGCAUCAGCAGCUGGAGCAGGCCAGGCCGUGACCACGCCCACUCAUCUAUCCAUCCGCCUAUCCAUCCAUUCAGAGCUGAGACUGUACUUUUAUAUUUAUGUGUAAAAUAGGAGGGUUUUGGUUUAGGAGAUACGAGGACGUGGAAGAGGAGGAUAAUCUGCGUUUGAGGAACUUUGUGAAAAACACACCUGAGCGAAAAACACACCUGAGCAAAAGACACACCGGAGCCAACCAGGUGUACAGGUGUUCUGUCGAGUUUUGCUACCCAUCGACAUGUGCUGUGCAUGCGCCCACCAACAUUUUAAAAUAUUUUUUCAUGCUUUUCAUGAUAAUUCCUUAUGUUUUUAUUGGGAGUAUUAAACAACAUGCUUGCAUGGUAACAUCUACUGUAAUUAUCAGUAAUAAUUGUUAAAAAUAAUAAUAAACUAAUAAACUAUAAAACUAUUAUCACAUAUAUGAACUUAACUUUUUAAACUUUACCUGAUACCCUGCCACAUAUCCUACCUAGGCUUUUGGUUUCUAAUAUGGUGCUGCUUUUUUGUAUUAUUUAACUAUUUUUUAAAAUGAAAUACUACUAGGUUAGCACGGUUCGACAAGGUAGCACAACUCGACAGAACACCGGCAACAAAGGAGAACUCGCAGAACCAAAAACGCAGAACUGGGACCAAAUUAUGAACAGAAACUCCAAAAACAAAACUGAGACUUUAAAAGUGUAGAAAUGUUGCUGGAGUUCUGUUGCAGGAGCACUUGGGAAGUUGAAGAAGAAAAAAAGCUGAAGUUCACUGUAAGGACUAAGUAGCUUCGCCCUCGACCUGUUUAAAAACUCUGGACUUUAUUUGUUACUAUAAUUUUUUUUAUUUACAGAGCUCCUGCGAUGACAUACAUGGUUGUUGUUUUAAUAACGCGUGGUCACAAAAUGGCAUAUUAAGGCCACAAAUUAACCCAUAAGAUCCCGGACCCAUUUCUGAAUGUUGAAACCAAUUUAAAAACUGAAUUAGAUAAAUUCAAUGAGCAACUCAAUGUUUCUUAUUUUGGGAACAUGAUUGUAAAAAAUUUAACGUUAAAAUCAAGAUAAAACAUAAAUGAAACAACAACAAUUUCAUGAUUGUUAUUAAUAUUUUGGAAUGUAAAACAUUAAUAUAUGGAACGUAAAACAUUUAAUUAAAGUUUUUGAAUGGUUAUAUGGUUGGAAAAAAAAACAUACAGAACUGUAGAAGCAAAUCAUACACUUUUAAAAUGUAAUAGUUAAUUUUAUCUCCAGCUCUAACCCUAAAACUCUCCUAUAUUCUCUAGGUAAAUAUGGUCAGAUGAAGGAAGACAGAUUUUCACACUGUCCUCCUGUGACUGUUAUACUCUCAGGAUGUUCAGUAGAUGUCACGUCAGGUGUAGAUGUUCUUCAUGAGUUAAAAUCAAAGAACAGAGAGCUGGAAAGUACAUUUACACAGCUUUUAAAGCUUUACCAUGCGCUCUUUUGGGUUAUUAUAAUAGUGGACUAUUGUCAGGAGGUACAUACACACACAUAUAUAAAUUGUCGUUGUCUCACACAUUAAUUUGUGGAGUCGAUAUAUUUAUUUGUGGCAUUACACAAUUAUUUCUUGGCCUUAAUGUGACCACGCAUUUUAAAAAGAACCAGCAUGUCAGCAAGGCGCUCCACCCAGCUGGCAUUUCAACGUUAAAUCAACGUUUGUCAACGUUAAUGUUAUGGUUGACUAAACGUUGGAUUUGGUGUUGAUUUUAAGAAAGUAAAUAAACGUUGAUAUGGCAGCGUUGUUUCAACGUCAUACUUUCAACCUUUAAUAAACCUUAACUCACUAAAAUGAGAAAUACAUCACUGCAGUAAAUCUGAUUAUAAAUAAAGUUUAUGCCCACCACUACACAUCUGAUAAACUAAAAGAGUAAAACAAAUAGAACAUGAACAUGGUGUUAAAUUAAAAAGCAGUUACUGCAAACACCUUUUCAUUCCAUCAUCCAACCGUUUUUAGAAAUUAUUUGGUGAUGAAAUGUAAAACGCUGAUUCAAAAGGCAGAAGGUUGAGGACGUUAUGUUGAUUCAACGUUGUUGUUGAAACAACAACAUACAUUACUUUAGUCAUGAAGGUCGGUUGUGUGCCAGCUAACUCGUUUCCCCUCUCUGAGUUUGUUUUGGGGGCGCGCUGCUAAUUUAUUUGAUAUUGUGAGAAAAGUUGCUAACACUCGAUGGUUUUAUUGGUUUGAGAUUAUUGUGUGGAUUAAAGUUGGAUUAUAAGAAGUUGUGAAA